AUGUCUGCUCCUGCUGCUUUCUCCGAUAUCGCCAAGGCGGCCAAUGAUCUCCUGAACAAGGAUUUCUACCACACCAGCGCUGCCAGCCUUGAGGUCAAGUCCAAGGCCCCCAAUGGCGUCACCUUCAACGUCAAGGGCAAGUCCGCCCACGAGGGCCCCAUUGCCGGCUCCCUCGAGGCCAAAUACGUUGAUGCUCCUACCGGUAAAGGCCCCAUUAAGCGGAAAAAACCUCCAGAUGCCUCGGCUGGUUUGCGCGAGGCGAGAUCAACGUUCUUUUUCUCCUGCGGUCAAGCCUCGUCCAAACUGGUCAAGUUCCAGCUGAUGUCUCGUUUCACCGAACAUGCCAUCAUGCUAAUGAUUCGUCCUUCUUCAGGCCUCACCCUCACCCAGGCUUGGACCACUGCCAACGCCCUCGACACCAAGCUCGAGCUGGACAACAACAUCGCCAAGGGCCUGAAGGCUGAGAUCAUCACCCAGUACCUUCCCGCCAAGCAGUCCAAGGGUGCCAAGCUCAACCUCUACUUCAAGCAGCCCAACCUGCACGCCCGUGCCUUCUUCGACCUCCUCAACGGCCCCUCGGCCAACUUCGACGCCGUUCUCGGCCACGAGGGCUUCCUUGUCGGUGCUGAGGGUGGCUACGACGUCCAGAAGGCUGCCAUCACCAAGUACUCCGCUGCUGUCGGCUACAGCGUUGCCCAGUACUCUGCUGCCAUCACUGCCAGCAACAACCUGAGCGUCUUCUCCGCCAGCUACUACCACCGCGUCAACCAGCAGGUUGAGGCCGGUGCCAAGGCCACCUGGGACUCCAAGGCCGGCAACUCUGUUGGCCUCGAGGUUGCCAGCAAGUACAGACUCGACCCCUCUUCCUUCGCCAAGGCCAAGAUCAACGACCGCGGUAUUGCCGCUCUGGCCUACAACGUUCUCCUCCGCCCCGGUGUUACCCUGGGUCUUGGUGCCUCUUUCGACACCCAGAACCUGAACCAGGCCGCCCACAAGGUUGGCGCCAGCUUCACCUUCGAGGCAUAG